GAGAUUCAAAGAGAUUACGAACUUCAUAACCAACGGACACGAAAUUAUUGAUUGAUUACGAUAACCAUAGUGAAAACAAUCCAGCAGAUAUCUGAAGAUUGCGACAUCACAAUACGUUACAUUAACGACACGAUUCGAAUUGAGAUUCAUUACAGCCAUCUCGGGAAACGAUCCGUCUUCGAUACACCGAACCUCAUUGCCUCAAGACCACCAUCAUCACCACAAUGCAUCUCUCCUCGACGUACGCUUUAUCCAUCCUCGCCUUUCUUCCAGCCUUCACAUAUGCACAGGCAGGCUUAGGUGGUGUGGUUGCUACGUCAGCAGCCACCCAGAUGGCAACCACGACUGUUGGGGCUCCAUCACUUUACACAGUUGGUAGCGUCACCGCUGUCUCAUACAUACCCAUAUAUACUCAGACCUUUGCAACAACAGCAUUGGGAACUUGGGCGAUCGGAGCUACUCCUUUGGUGGGGAGUGUGGGAUUAGGAACUAUUCAAGGGACCGUGGGGGCGGUCAAAAACAAGAGAGCUUUGCCUACUGCAAUGUUUGGGAAAAGUCAUUAGAGGGAUGUGACAGUCGAGUAGGAUUCUGAUAUAGGAGAGGGACGAUUGGAGUUAGACAUUAUGAAAGCAGAAGACGCAUCUUCCGGGACUGGUUUGAUAAGAGGAUGGUGGAAAAUGUGCAACGAGGACAGGAGAUAAAAUACUACAUAACGCGAACGGAAAUGAAUAUCGAAAUCUGGAAACGGGGGAGAAUCUUAUGGACGAUGCUGAUGGAGUUACAAAUGGCGUUAAUAAGGCAUACGUUCUGGAAAGAAUGCGAGUCUUCAGGAGAUUAUUACCCUUCUGCUUAGCACGAUUCUCACCAACCACCAUCAUCCUAUCUUUCUGCGCAUUCAACUAGCGAACAAUGUUCGAACAUUCCAUAUAUUGAUCAACAUUAGACGAUAAACACCCAUUCAAAGUUUUUAGAUUCGUUUGGCGGCAUUAUCAGGAGUUUUUGGUGCAGCUUGUUUUUGCCAAUUUGAAGACAUAGAGGCAAACGAUACAACAUCGGUCUUCAAUUUUCUUUUUCUUGUAUUUAUUUGUAUAUCUAGAUAUCAGGCGAACCAGUCCAUUGCAGACGACUUAGGAGUACAUGAAAAUGGAUGUAAUACUAUACAGACUA